CACUUUUUUAGUACCUGUUGAUGUUGACUUGCAUACAACACACAACAAUAUAGCACAAAAUUAAAUUGAAAAACCUUCUGGAUACUUGAAACUUAAUAUGGAAUUUGAAGCGUCUGAACAUAAAAACUUUUAAAGCAAGAAAAAUAUGCUUUGAUAUCCUACGUCUUCAAGCAAAUGCAACAUAUUCUAGUUCUUCGAAAAAUAACAACAAAGACUGGAUAUCGUUUUCUGGAAAGCAUCAUCACAAGCAUGAACCCAAAUGAUUCCAAACUACGAAAACAUAUAUAUUAAUACAAGUUGGAAUAAAUUUAUCUUGUUUUUUUUUUAUAAGAAGUCAAAACAGCUAAAUCCGUAAACAGCAAAUGCUCUCCCACUACUCUACAGAUCAAGGAAAAAAAAAAAAAACAGAGGAAGGGAUAAAGAAAAAAAGCCUGUGAACGCCAUUAGUAUUCCGGCAAUGAUUACGGCAGCCAACAACAUCAAAGUUGAUGAUGCAGAGUCAACUCAACACUAUGAUCGAAGAAGGGAACUGAAAGAGUUUGAUGAUUCAAAAUGUGGAGUAAAAGGGCUUGUAGAUGCUCAGGCAGAGAAAAUACCUCGUAUAUUUGUUCAUCCACAAGUAAACUUGACUCCUUCAAACUGUAACAAUGAAAGAACUCAACUCAAUGUUCCCAUCAUUAGCUUUGGAGGAAUCAGUGAAAGUCCCGAAAAAAGCCGCGCCGAGUUCAUCUGCAAGCUAAGAGAUGCAUGUCAGAAUUGGGGGUUCUUUCAGGUUCUUAAUCAUGGGAUUCCAGUGCCUUUAAUGGAUGAAAUGAUUGAAGGUGUUAGAAGGUUUCAUGAACAGGAUGUCGAGAUAAAGAAGCAAUACUAUUCGCGAGAUGUGUCGAAAAGAUUUUAUUUCAAUUCCAACUUUGAUCUGUAUCAAAGUCCAACGCCUACUUGGAGGGAUACUAUGUACUGUAUUGUGGCUCCUGAUCCACCUAAGCCUGAAGACUUGCCAGCAGUUUGCAGAGAUAUACUGCUGGAAUAUUCAGAUUGUGUAACAAAGUUCGUUGUCAUAUUGCUCGAAUUGCUGUCUGAAGCAUUAGGCCUUAACCCUAGUUACCUAAAAGAUAUAGGCUGUGAUGAAGGCUUAUUUCUCUUGGGACAUUACUACCCGGCAUGCCCUGAGCCGGAAUUAACUCUCGGCACUAACAGUCACACAGACAGUGGCUUCCUCACUGUACUUAUACAAGACCAGAUAGAAGGUCUUCAGGUCCUGCAUCAGAAUCAAUGGGUUGAUGUUCCUCCCGUGCGAGGUGCUUUGAUAGUAAACAUCGCGGAUCUUUUGCAGUUAAUCAGUAAUGACAAGUUCAAGAGUGUAUAUCAUAGAGUGCUAGCAAAAAGAGAAGGACCAAGGAUUUCGGUGCCAUGUUUUGUCAGAACAAAUUUUGGAGAAGGGAGUAAAGUGUUUGGACCGAUAAAGGAGUUGUUGUCUGAAGAAAAUCCACCAGUUUACAGGGAGACCACUGUUAGUGACUAUAUCUCAUACUACUUUAGCAAAGGUGUUGGUGGAGGAUCGCCAUUGUCGCAUUUUAAGAUACAGAGAUCCUAAAGCAAUCGAAUAUACUCAUUCGGGCCCUAAUUUGGUUCGGAUGAACAUGAAAAAGGAAUUGUCACCCAUUCCUCCUCUGCGGGUUCAUGGAUAUGGUAGUUUGUUGUGGGCAUUGCCAUCUGUGGUAUUCUUGGAGAAGAAGAAGAAGUUAAGGUUUGAGCAAACUGGAGAAAAUUUUGUAUAUUCACGAAAUCUAUCAAUCAUCCAUUCACUCUGUACAUUGUUCA